AUGGGGGAACCAACAGCAAAAUCUUCAUACCCGGAGCAUGAAACUCCUGCAUCAUAUCCUCAGCUCACAGAAUUUGUGAAAACGUCUGAUGAUGGUCUGUCUGACCCGACCCUGACCUCUGGUGGGGACCUGUCAAAACAGGAGGCUGGUGGUGGUGGAGAGGUGGGACUCAAAGACAAAGAUAUGGAUGUGGAACAAGGCAAAGAGGAAGACCACACCUGCAAGUGUUACGCAAUGGUGGUGGACAAGAUAGAGGACUCCGUCUACAACUUCGCAAAGGCGCACCAAAGGAAGAUAAGCAAGGGCUUCAAAGUCCUGCUCUACCUGGCCUUUAUGGCUUACUUCGCCUACGCCAUGAGCUACAGUGUGCUGUACGUGGGGGCGGCCGCCGGACUCCUGGCGUAUCUGUCAAUUGACGUGUUCCAGGACAGCCCCGAGAGCCUGCAGUCCUUUAUCGGCCUCCUCUGUCUCGUCAUCCUCACCUUUAUCUUCUCCUCCAAGCCCAGUAAGGUAAACUGGCACCUGGUGUUCUGGGGCUUCAUCCUCCAGUUUGUGUUCGCGAUCCUGACCCUCCGUACAGAGGCCGGGUACAGCGCCUUCAAGUGGGUGGGGGACCUGGUCUCCGACUUCAUCGCUCUCUCCGACAGGGGGACCAAGUUCGUGAUUGGAGACAUCAAGGGAGGGGGGCUUUUGUUCCAGAUUGGCGGCGUGGCUGUGUUCUUCAACUCGUUCAUCUUCCUCAUGAACCACUAUGGAGUGAUUGAGGUGGUGGUCAAGCGACUCGGAGGUCUCAUAUCUCUGGUGUUGGAGACUGGACCAGUGGAGUCUGUGAUAGCAGCCGCUAACAUCUUUAUCGGACUGACUGAGGCGCCACUUUUGAUUCGUCCUUUCCUGCCCCACGUGACCCGCUCUGAGCUGUGCACAAUCAUGACGUGUGGCUUUGCUAGCGUCAGUGGGAGUACCUUGGCCAUAUGGAUACGUCUAGGGGUGGAAUCGAACCACCUUCUUACAGCUGCUGUGAUAUCGGCGCCGGCUGCGCUAACCAUGUCUAAGCUGAUUUGUCCAGAGACAGAGAGCGUGGACCUCAGCAAGCAGAAAUCUAUCAGGAUGACGGAUGACGAAGAACGUUUGGCCGUACUCAAGGACAACCGUGGUCUGCUGGAGUCGUACAUGCUGACAUCUAGUGACGCCACCUACAGCUGGGUGGAUGGCGACAUCAUCAUGGGCGGGAACCAAACCCUGGUGGGCGGAGUUGUAGCGGAGAGAACAGAGAUCAUCGCCACCUACGCCCUGUGUGGAUUCUCCGCCGUCUCGGGUAUAGGCAUCACCCUGGGCGCCCUCAUCCCGAUGUCUCCUGCCAGGAGGGUUGACGUCGUGCAGAUGAUUCUCAGAGCCUGGGUGGCUGGAAACCUGGCCAGUUUUAUUACUGGCUCCAUUGCAGGAACGAUGUUUGUGGAUCAAGGCAGCUAA